UGAAUUGGGAGGUAGUUGUUGUUGCAGCAAAAGAUGAGAAAAAAAUUGUAAGUCUGAAAACUUGUGAUCACAACUCACUAAGGCAAAAUCAUUAGUAAAGCAAAAUUACCAAUGGCAGCAUCAACAGCCACAGUACCAACAACUUCAAACUUUACCUUCUCAAACUCUCAUUCCAUUAUCUCUAGCCUUUCCCUGUUCCAGCACAAAACUACUUCAUUUUUGUGCACAAAAAACAACAUAAAGAGAAAUUGUAGACAUGGUGGAAUAAAGUGCAUGGUCUUGGAGAAGAGUAGUGCAGCAGAGGCUACAAAAACCAAGAAACAUAGUGUGUAUAAGCUUGAGACAUUAACUAACUGGCUGUUGAAGCAAGAACAAGAUCGGGUUAUUGAUGCUGAACUUACCAUUGUUCUUUCGAGUAUUUCUAUGGCUUGUAAGCAGAUUGCUUCUCUGGUUCAGAGAGCUGGCAUUUCCAAACUUACUGGAGUUCAUGGUGCUGUUAAUGUUCAAGGAGAGGACCAGAAGAAGCUUGAUGUUGUCUCUAACGAGGUAUUCUCAAAUUGUCUAAGGGCAAGUGGCCGGACAGGUAUUAUAGCAUCAGAGGAAGAGGACGUGCCAGUGGCAGUAGAAGAGAGUUACUACGGGAACUAUAUCGUGGUGUUUGACCCUCUUGAUGGUUCAUCAAAUAUUGAUGCUGCUGUAUCUACAGGUUCUAUCUUUGGUAUAUACAGUCCAAAUGACGAUUGCCUUGUUGAUCUUGAAGAUACCACCACGCUUGACACCGUGGAGCAGAGGUGCAUAGUGAAUGUGUGCCAACCAGGGAACAACCUUUUAGCGGCAGGGUACUGCAUGUACUCAAGCUCAGUGAUCUUCGUGCUCACGUUGGGGAACGGAGUCUUUUCCUUCACCUUGGAUCCAAUAUUUGGAGAAUUCAUUCUGACUCAAGAAAACAUACAAAUUCCAAAGGCUGGAAAGAUCUACGCAUUUAAUGAAGGAAAUUAUCAGUUAUGGGAUGACAGGUUGAAGAAGUACAUCGAUCAUUUGAAGGACCCCGGUCCUAAUUGUAAGCCUUACUCUGCCAGGUAUAUUGGCAGUUUGGUUGGUGAUUUUCAUAGGACUCUUUUAUAUGGAGGUAUUUAUGGCUACCCGCGAGACAAGAAGAGCAGGAACGGGAAGUUGAGGCUUUUGUAUGAGUGUGCCCCGAUGAGCUUUAUUGUGGAACAAGCCGGUGGCAAAGGAUCUGAUGGCCAACAAAGGAUUCUUGAUAUUCAACCGGUUGAGAUACACCAACGCGUUCCAUUGUACAUUGGAAGCACAGAAGAAGUUGAAAAAUUGGAGAAGUACUUAAGUUAAUACAGAUGCGAAAUCAAGGGACUAUUCAAGUUUGUUUUGGUGACUUUUUAAACUAUUUUAAUCUUGUAAACAAACAAAAUACAUGAAGAGCUGUAAAUUUGUAUAUUACUUGAAAGAAAUUCAUUUCACACAUCUAGGCACAAGGCUUAAUUAUUAUAGGUUCUUGGAAAGCUUUGCAGUGAUUCAAUUCAAUAUACAAUUGGAAAUGGUGCUUAUAUGCCAUACUUUUUCUUCAUUUUAUAA